UAGGCUGAUGCCACGGCACUCUAGCCAGGGCAACAGAGUGAGACUGUCUCAAAAAAAAAUUAAUUACUUUACCAUUUCAUCAGUUCUUCUUGCUUCUCGAGCGCUCCGUGGUGACGGCUCACGUGCGGCUUGGAGCCUGCCCUGGUGCAGGGAGGACAGCAGCACUUUCCUCCACUGCUUUCACAGCGUCAGAGCAAGUGUCCUUGCUGCAAAAAUGGCCAGUCAUAUCUGAGAAGCACCAUGACAGUUUUAGCCUCACACACCUCCUGAAAGCACCCAGGAGCCUCCAGGGUAUGUGGCCCCCACACUAAGAAGCCUGAAGUCGCUUGGUGGUGGGAGUAGCUUGCUCUUUGUCUUCUUUGUAGCUGCCUACAUCUUUUUACUAUGGACAUUUCAGAAGUAUGCAAAUGUGGAGAGACUAGAAUACAGAAACGUGGGCACCACUGCCCAGGUCUCCAGUUACCUGGCAGCCAGUCUCAGCUGGGUUUCCUCUGUCCCCCGCCCCCAGUCCACUGCUCCCUUCACUGGGUUACUGUAGGCAAAUCCCAGACCUCCUUUGUCUUCCCAGCACCCUGGCAGCGUGGGCACCAGCACGCACCCUCACACUGCAGGCGUGUGCAGGCUGCUACCCCAAGGUGGGGGGCUGCAGGGGCCUCCCGCUCUCAGGAUUCAGACUCCACCAGAGGCUCUCAGCUGCCUGGGUGGGGGCCACUAGCUCAUGGGUAGGCAAUUCUCCGCUCCUGAAAAUUCGCUUCAGCAAAUUCCUGGUGCACCUAAACUGGGCAGCUGAGAGCCCUGGCUAGUGGUGGGAUGUCCAUUUUCGGCUUCUGUAGGCAAAGUGCUCUCCCAAGUGCCGGUGCCAGUUCGCGUGUCCGCCAGCACUUCGCGUCUUCCUACUGCCCAGACUCUUUCCAAUACUUGAUAUCGUCAGAUCUUUCCAUUUUUGCUAGUUGGAUGGAUGUCAAGCUAUUUUCUUGAACCAAGGUGUGUGCCAUUGAUUUGCUGUGCUUAGACCUGGUCAUUUUACUCGUUCUUUUCUUUUUUAAAUUUUACCAUGAGUUAAGACCUUGUCAUUUUAAAGAUGUUCUUAUUACAUUUGUCCUUUUCCUCUGUUGUCUGUAGAUGUCUGUAUUGUGCAGUCAUCCUGCUAUAAGUGGUGGAAGUAUUUAUCAUAUGCAUAUUGUAAGCAGGUUGCAUUUAGUUUAAAUCAUCAACCAGAAAGAUGCAAGAUUUUAUAUAAAAUAAAUAUUGUUUGAGAUAAACUUAAUUCAAGUUUAUCUCAAACUAGGAUAAGCUGAGAUAUAUUUAUCUUUGCAAGAGGCUCGUAGGCUUGCUAGUGGAGAGCACAUCCUGAAGGAAGCACAGAUUAGGACAAUUAGUGACUCCUCAGCGGUCUGGGGCAGGUCCGUGCUGGACACCGGUGGUGGCCCCUCACUCACCUCCCAUCAGAUGCCCUGGAAAGCAGUGGGCCGCUGGGGGCCUCUCUGAUGGCAGGAAGUAGAACAGGGAAAGCUACUCGUUCUCCUCAGCACAAGAGCUCAGGGCCACGGAUGGAGGGUGGCAUCCUCAAGGGACUUGCAGGGUUGGGAGCCUGCAUCACAGGUGCACCUGGUGCUGGCCACACUCAGGCCAUCACUGUCCUGGGCGUCACCAUCGUUCCAGGCUGGAGGGGACGCGGGGAGAAUUGUGCCUUCUAAGGCAGGUGUGUUGUUCUAUGAAGGUAUUGUCCAGCUGCCAGGUGGAGGUGGCCAAGUAGGGCCAGGAGCCCGGCUGGAAGUGGCAGUCCAGCCUUCGUUCCCUGCAGGCUCCCCGCUGCGCAUUCCCUGUGGACAGAAUGGCGGUGGGGACAUGCUGCGAGGACAGAACUGCCACCGCCCGAAGCCCCGCACGAAAGGGCUCUGCCUCUUUCUGGACUGGGAGAGGCCGGGCCGGAGGAGGCAGGGCCGGGAGAGGCAAGGCCCCGCGUGGGAGUGGAGGACGCCUUGCCCAGCGGGACGGGGGGACGGCGCGGGUGGACACGGAAACACCCCGCUCGCGCGGCGCUUGUGUCUCCCCAGACACCCGUGGGACGCGGUGGCGCAGGCGGCCAUGCGGAAGUACCCGAACCCGAUGAACCCGAGCGUGGUGGGCGUGGACGUGCUGGAGCGCCGCGUGGACGGCCGCGGCCGGCUGCACAGCCUGCGCCUGCUCAGCACCGAGUGGGGGCUGCCCGCGCUCGCGACGGCGAUUUUGGGAACCAGCAGGACUUUGACAUACAUCCAAGAACGUUCUGUCGUGGAUCCAGUGGAAAAGAAAAUGGAACUUAGUUCCACCAAUGUAAGCGAUGGUCUGAAACGAGAAAGAGUCUACACUGCAGAAGCUGCAUGCUUCAGGUUCUCCCGUGCAGACUGGCUGUCCUCCCUUCUCCACACGCUGCCCUGUGGGUCACGCGGCGUCUGCUCAGGAACCUCAUGUUCAGAUCCUCCUCUCACCUCGGGCAUCUCUACUCUCCGAAAACCGCUGCUCCUGGGAGAACCUGGAUGUGCGGUUCUCUGCUGUCACCCUAACCACAGGGCCUGGGGCUGACGGCAGGUCAGAAGGGAACCCUCAGGAGAAGAAGUAAGUGCGGAAGAGGGCAAAGCUGAAGGCAGCCACCUUGCUCAAGGCUGGGUAGCCGUGCUAGCUGCACGCAAGGCAGAGCCCCCUCUUUGUGCCGAAAGAAAUCUGAACACUGACUUGUGCCAAACAUCCAGAUGCUUCUUCAGCUCGAGCCCUGGGGUCAUCAAUAAACUUACUGAUGUCCCACUUUUCAAGAGCACUGUCCUGUCAGUCCUGCAGCUUACUGUCACCACCGCAUCAUACAGGCUCCGAUGUGUCCACCAGCAUCAGGGCCAGAGGCGCAGUUUGCACAGCAAGCUCUAUUCUAAAUGACUAUACGACAUCAUAUAUAUUUUAAUGAAAUGAGCCACAAGAGUGCCAAUUUGGUCUUCCAGGUAACUGCUUCUGAACAUUUGAUCAGUGAAGGCAGAGUUUUGUAUCAAGUGGGCUCUUGGCUCUUAAACUUUUCUGGGUGGGCAAAGGGAGACGUUUCUGGGUAUGCGCCUUUGGCCCACACGCUUUAGAACCACACGCUUUAUUGGCAUAAUCAAUGUGUGUGCAUGAGCGUGGUUGCGCACACCCACAUGUUCUGCAGAGACAUCAGAACUGAGUCUCUAAAUAAGGGUUAACCAAACCAUUUCCCACGUAUGCUAUCCAAGUUUUCUGUAUCUCUGGAACCCAGGAGGGACAGGUCAAGGAUUGACUUGGACUUAGAAUGUCACUAAACUUUUGCAUUAUGAGUUGGACAUACAUACACAGAAGUCUUAUCAUACACACAUUCCAGAGAAACUUCAGUGGAAGGGGCUUCUAAAAAAUGUCUGCGGCCAGGCGCGGUGGCUCACACCUGUAAUCCUAGCACUCCGGUGGGCCGAGGCGGGCGGAUUGCUCGAA